UGCUGAAGUAUUUCUUGUGUUUGACUGAGUCUGAAUACAGAACCCCAUUAAAAAAAAUGUCGUCAUCUUCUGCACAAACUCAGUUCACACACAACAAUCCAAGAACAAAAAAAAAAAAAAGGAGAAGAGAUUUCACUAUGAGUUUACACUUUGGAGAGCACAAUCUUGUGUUUACUAACUUCAACCUAUAAUGCAUUUUGUGCAGGUGUUUUCCGUUAACAGUGAUUACUAAUUAGUAGAGGAGUGUGUAAAGCCUUCCAACAAGAAAAUGGCAGAGAAUAUUGACUUGUAUGGAGAUUCUGACAUCAAGCAAGAUUCAAAGAGCAAGGUCAAAGAUGAAUCUGCCAAAACGGUACCCUUAUACAAGCUUUUCUCAUUUGCUGAUCCUUUGGAUCAUUUGUUGAUGUUUGUGGGGGCUGUUGGUGCUAUUGGGAAUGGAAUCUCCAUGCCCUUAAUGACUUUGAUAUUUGGAAAUAUGAUCAAUGCAUUUGGAGCAACCGAAAACUCCAACGAAGUUGUUGAUGAAGUUUCUAAGGUGUCACUGAAAUUUGUAUACUUGGCCGUGGGUACCUUUUUUGCGUCGCUUUUGCAGUUGACUUGCUGGAUGAUCACGGGGGAGAGACAAGCUGCAAGAAUUAGAGGGUUAUACCUUCAAAAUAUUUUGAGGCAAGAUGUCAGCUUCUUUGAUAAAGAAACUAGAACUGGAGAGGUUGUUGGAAGGAUGUCAGGUGACACUGUUCUUAUUCAAGAUGCCAUGGGUGAGAAGGUGGCACAGUUCAUACAGUUGAUGACAACUUUCGUUGGCGGCUUUGUAAUAGCAUUCAGCAGGGGAUGGCUUCUAACUCUUGUCAUGCUUUCUAGUAUUCCACCUCUUGUUUUGUGUGGUUCUAUGCUAGGCCUGAUCAUUACGAAAGCAUCAUCCAGGGCACAAGCGGCUUAUUCUAUAGCAGCAAGUAUAGUAGAGCAGACAAUAGGUUCUGUCAGAACUGUUGCAUCAUUCACCGGGGAGAAGCAAGCUAUAGAUAAAUAUAAUCAGUCCAUAAUCAAAGCUUAUAGGGCUGGAGUGCAAGAAGCACUAGCUACUGGUUUGGGGUUUGGUUCUCUCUAUUUUGUUUUUAACUGCAGUUAUAGUUUGGCUACAUGGUUUGGUGCAAAAAUGGUAAUAGAGAAAGGAUACACAGGAGGAGAGGUUGUGACAGUAAUUAUGGCUGUAUUGACAGGCUCCAUGUCUCUUGGGCAGGCAUCACCAAGCUUGAGUGCUUUUGCUGCAGGACAAGCUGCAGCCUUUAAGAUGUUUGAAACAAUUAAAAGGAAGCCAGAAAUUGAUGCUUAUGACACUACUGGUCGGCAGCUUGAUGACAUCCGUGGAGAUAUAGAACUUAGGGAGGUUUGCUUUAGUUAUCCUACUAGACCUGAUGAACUGAUAUUCAAUGGAUUUUCUCUUUCAAUACCAAGCGGCACUACAACAGCUUUGGUAGGAGAAAGUGGGAGUGGGAAAUCCACAGUUGUUGGUUUGAUAGAGAGAUUUUAUGAUCCACAGGCAGGUGAAGUUCUCAUUGACAGUAUCAACCUCAAAGAAUUCAAACUGAAAUGGAUCAGACAGAAAAUAGGCCUAGUUAGCCAGGAACCAGUUCUCUUUACAUGCAGUAUUAAAGAGAAUAUUGCCUAUGGCAAGGAUGGUGCAACUGUUGAAGAAAUCAGAGCUGCAGCAGAACUAGCUAAUGCCGCCAAAUUUAUAGAUAAACUUCCUCAGGGACUAGACACAAUGGUUGGUGAGCAUGGGGCUCAGCUCUCUGGGGGUCAAAAGCAAAGAGUUGCAAUAGCAAGAGCAAUUUUGAAAGACCCAAGAAUCCUACUUCUGGAUGAAGCUACAAGUGCCCUUGAUGCUGAAUCUGAGAAAAUUGUACAGGAGGCAUUGAACAGAAUAAUGAUAAACCGAACAACUGUCAUUGUAGCCCACCGCUUAAGUACUAUAAGGAAUGCUGAUAGCAUUGCUGUUAUGCAUCAAGGAAAAAUAGUUGAAAGAGGUUCACAUGCUGAGCUUACAAGGGAUCCUAUUGGAGCCUAUAGUCAGCUCAUUAGACUGCAAGAAGUUAAAAGGUCAGGACAAAAUGUUGCAAAUGACACAGACAAGCUAGAAGGUACUGCACAUUUUGGAAGACAGUCAAGUCAAAGAUCUUUCUUACAGGCUAUAAGUCAAAGAUCAUCAGAAGUUGGAAGCAGUGGUCGUAACUCAUUCUCAGAAUCACAUGCGGUUGGCUUCUUGGAACCUGCAGGUGGAGUGCCUCAAACAUCUCCAACAGUUUCUUCACCACCGGAAGUGCCACUCUAUCGCCUGGCAUAUUUAAACAAACCUGAGACUCCAGUCUUACUGGCAGGGAGUAUAGCUGCAAUAAUAAAUGGGGUGUUAUUACCCAUUGUUGCAAUCUUUAUGUCCAAAAUGAUUAGUAUUUUCUAUGAGCCAGCUGAUGAGCUUCGUAAAGAUUCAAAACUUUGGGCAUUAUUAUUUGUUGUGCUUGGCGUGGUAUCAUUUAUCAUGCCUCCUUGUAGAUUCUACCUUUUUGGCGUUGCUGGUGGUAAGUUGAUCAAAAGGAUUCGGAAAUUGUGUUUUGAGAAAGUAGUUCACAUGGAAGUUAGUUGGUUCGAUGAAGCUGAACAUUCAAGUGGAGCAAUUGGAGCAAGGCUUUCUUCUGAUGUAGCUGCUGUUCGAGCUUUGGUUGGGGAUGCACUUGGUUUGUUGGUUCAAAAUAUUGCUACAGCAGUAGGUGGCUUGGUAAUUGCUUUUGAAGCAAGCUGGCAGCUUGCUCUUAUAAUGCUUGCUUUGGCACCUUUAUUAGUACUAAAUGGAUACGUGCAAUUCAAGUUCUUGAAGGGAUUCAGCGCAAAUUCAAAGAAACUGUAUGAGGAAGCAAGUCAAGUGGCAAAUGAUGCUGUAGGGAGUAUAAGAACAGUUGCUUCUUUCUGUUCUGAAAAGAAGGUGAUGAAAUUAUACCAGGAAAAAUGUGAAGGACCAAUUAGGACAGGCAUAAGGCGAGGAAUAAUAAGUGGAAUUAGUUAUGGGGUAUCAUUCUUCAUGCUGUAUGCAGUUUAUGCAUGCAGUUUCUAUGCUGGAGCUCGACUUAUAGAGGAUGGAAAAUCAACAUUCUCAGAUGUUUUCCGCGUCUUUUUUGCUCUCAGCAUGACAGCUAUGGGAAUUUCGCAAUCUGGCUCUUUGGUCCCUGAUUCAAGUAAUUCAAAAAGUGCUGCCGCUUCUGUAUUUGCUAUUCUUGACCAGAAGUCACAAAUUGACCCAAGUGAUGACUCUGGAUUGACAUUGGAAGAAGUCAAGGGAGAGAUUGAAUUUAACCAUGUCAGUUUCAAGUAUCCUACCAGACCUGAUGUUCAAAUAUUCAGAGAUCUUAGUUUGACCAUUCAUAGUGGCAAGACAGUUGCACUGGUUGGAGAAAGUGGAAGUGGAAAAUCAACAGUGAUUUCACUAUUACAAAGGUUUUAUGACCUAGAUUCAGGUCACAUUACACUGGACCGAAACGAAAUCCAAAGGAUGCAAAUUAAAUGGCUAAGACAACAGAUGGGCCUGGUGAGCCAAGAGCCUGUGCUGUUUAAUGACACCAUCCGAGCCAAUAUUGCAUAUGGAAAGGGCGGUGAUGCAACAGAGGCAGAAAUUAUAGCUGCAGCAGAACUGGCAAAUGCUCACAACUUCACUUGUAGUUUGCAGAAGGGUUAUGACACAAUAGUAGGGGAGAGAGGGAUUCAACUAUCUGGAGGGCAGAAGCAGCGGGUGGCAAUUGCACGAGCUAUAGUGAAGAAUCCAAAAAUAUUACUACUAGAUGAAGCCACAAGUGCUCUUGAUGCCGAGUCUGAAAAAGUGGUUCAGGAUGCACUAGACCGUGUUAUGGUGGACCGAACCACAAUAGUAGUGGCUCAUAGGUUAUCAACUAUAAAGGGUGCAGAUUUAAUUGCAGUAGUUAAAAACGGGGUCAUAGCAGAGAAGGGAAAGCACGAAGCAUUACUCAACAAAGGAGGUGACUAUGCUUCCUUAGUGGCAUUGCAUACAAGUGCUUCUACAUCUUAGUUCCUUGAGUCCCUGACCCUUACUCUUUGCUGAUUGUAUCUGGGAAAAAUUACUUGCUCGGGAUUUUUGUCCUUUUCAAUGAUGAAUCAUAUUUAAAUGUCACUCUGAUGGCUUUGUUUAGCUAUACUAUGCAAUAUUUUUUUCUUGAAAGUAGUGCAAGAAAUUGUUAAUUUUGUUUCUUGUUUUAGGAAAUGAUUCUCGUA